UCUCUCUUCGCCCGUGUUGCCCGCUCGUCCGCUCGUCCGCUCGUCCGCUCGUCCGCAGAGACGCAAGCUCCGCCGGCGCUGGGGUGUUGCCGCGCGCGCGUGUGUGUGCGCGUGAGUGCGGUCCGGCGAGUCGGCGAGCUACCUCGAGUGUACUGGUGCGUCGGAGUUGCCGUGGACUCGAGCCGCUGUCCUCGCCAGCAUUGUCGGUGGCGCGCGAGUGCGGCAAGGCGAUGAGGGCGCAGCGUCCCUCGGGCCCGGCGGCCAGCUGGACGACGCCGCCGCCACUGCCGCCGCUCUGCUGCAGGCCAGUAAGGCCCUUCGGCGCGGGAGGCUGCAGUUAAGCUGCGAGGAAUGGAGGGCUCGGGGCAGCGGGAGCAGCAGGAGCAGCAGCAGCAGCAGCAGCAGCAGCAGCAGCAGCAGCAGCAGCAGCAGCAGCAGCAGCAGCAGCAGCAGCAGCAGCAGCAGCAGCAACAGCAGCAGCAGCAGAAGCAAGCACAGCCCCGGCACGGCUUUCUGCUGGGGCUCUCGACGCACCUGGCCGACCAGACUGUCACACGGGCUGCGGGUGAGAGCAUCAGCUCCGGCAGGCCAGAUCGCGAGCUGCAGCACCGUCCGGCGAUAGCGAGUAGCACUCGGGCGAAGGGGAAGAUGCUGGCCGGCGGCUCGAGGCGGAGAGCGACUCGGGCCGUUCGCGCAGUCGGCGGCGACGCCUCGGCGGCGAGCGCUGCUGUGUGUCAGUGAGCAAUGCGAGCAGUUGGGGCCGAGGCCCAGCUAGUGAGCAUGUGGCUCACUAGAGAAUGAAGAAGCAAAACGUCCGGACUUUAUCGUUGAUCGUCUGCACGUUUACCUAUCUGCUCGUUGGCGCAGCCAUAUUCGACGUGCUCGAGUCCGAGACCGAAAAACGCCGCAAGGAAGCUCUCGACGCCGUCGAAAGAAUGGUGAUACGCAAGUACAACAUCAGCCCGGACGACUUCAAGAUCAUGGAGACCGUUGUGCUGAAAACCGAACCGCACAAGGCUGGCCAACAGUGGAAAUUCGCCGGCGCGUUCUACUACGCCACCACCGUUCUCACCACCAUCGGCUACGGGCACUCCACGCCGAACACCAUAAGCGGCAAGCUGUUCACGAUGUUCUACGCGAUCGUGGGCAUCCCGCUGGGCCUGGUCAUGUUCCAGAGCAUCGGCGAGCGCCUCAACAAGUUCUCCUCGGUGGUCAUCAGGAACGUCAAACGGCUGCUCAAUUGCAAGGACAUCCAGGCCUCGGAAAUCAACCUCAUCUGCGUGGUGACGACGCUGUCGAUCCUGACGAUAGCCGGCGGCGCGGCGGCCUUCUCGCGCUACGAGGGCUGGUCGUACUUCGACUCGGUCUACUACUGCUUCAUCACGCUGACGACCAUCGGCUUCGGCGACAUGGUCGCGCUGCAGAAGGACAACGCCCUGGACAACAAGCCCGAGUACGUCAUGUUCGCCCUCAUCUUCAUCCUGUUCGGCCUGGCGAUCGUGGCGGCGUCUCUGAACCUGCUGGUGCUGCGCUUCGUCACCAUGAACACGGAGGACGAGCGGCGCGACGAGGCCGAGGCGCUGCAGGCGGCCCAGGGAGCGGUGCGGCUGGAGGGCGACGUGAUCACGGCCAACGGCUCGAUCCUGUCGGGCCAGCUGGGCGCCCAGGGCGAGACGGUCUCGCUGGACGACGACGCCUCGGUGUGCAGCUGCCGCUGCAGCGGCUUCUACAAAAAGCGUCGGAGGCCGCGCUACACCGUGCGCCGCUCGCCCGGCAAGAUCUCGCACCUGCUGCCGCUGCAGCCGCUGCAGCCGGGCAGCUCGCUCGGCGACGACUUCACGCCCGAGCCCGACGACGAGGACUUCGGCCAGCACUACCACCACUACGGGCACGCGGCGGCGGCGGCGGCGGCGGCGGCGGCGGCCACGGCCACGACCACGACCAUGACCAGCGUGGCGCACGCCUCGGAGCUCGUCGACCUCGAGUACGCGCUGGGGCCGCCGUCGCUCGCGCCGCUGCUGCAUCUGGCGCCGGUCUACCAGCACCGGGCCAGCAUCUGAUCGCGGCUCGUCGCUGCCGGCGACGACGACGACGCCGCAUGCAGGCGCUGCUCGCUCUAGUGCACUGGGUGGGCGGCGCUCUUGACGCCUGUGCCGAGCUCGCCACGGACUGCACGUCCUCUCCUCCGGCGAACCAACCUUCAUCUUGUAUGAUAGCUACAGUACACACGUCUCCCCUAUGGUGCCUCACCGCAAAGCAGAGCUCGUAACUAGUGCGGGCGCGUCAGCUAGAGUGGGUCGAUUAGACUCGCGUCUGCCCUCCGAACUAUUGUCCUCCGACAAUUCCUGGAAGUGGCGCGAUCGGGCCGCCUGAUAAAUCGCCUUCCUCCUCCCGACACGCGCACCCCUCCCCCGUUAAUCCGGACGUACCGUGAAAAAGGAAAGAAGAUCGACGUAUACGAUAUACGACGUAUAUGCACAAGCAUCACACUCGAAUGUCCCGUAGGCAUGCGGAGCUAGCGUUAUUCCUUCUUCGUGCGGCUACACGCGAAUUGUCGUUAUCAAACGAAUUGUUACGGGCAAGCUGCAGUUAAUCGUCGACUGUACGCGUCAAGUGAAGGAGGCUACGGCAAAGCGCAAAAUUUGUCCUCUGUUACGUGCACAUAGAAACGCGCUUAGAGCGCGAUUGGCAGAAAUAAUUACUACUAAGAAUUGAGUUAUCAGCCGGUCGAAUGGCGUGUACAAGCCAACGAUGACAACAAAAUAAUCAGCUUAUCAACUUCAACUAACAUUUUUCUUACGUAUCCGAAUGAAUGGUACUUUGCAUUUCCCAAUAUACAUACUCGUCCUGAGAAGUAGCAACUAGUUAAAAACGUAUUCGCUCGAUUAAAAUUUACGCGACGAAGCCAAACUACCUUACCAAAACUAUCAUUCGUCUAUGAAUACAUGUACCGGGCAUAAAUUCUUCUUAAUAAUAGAGCUUUCACGGUCAAAACUUUGAAUGAAAAUAACAAGACGACGUGCGUACAAAGCAUCACAGUGACAAGAUGGACUCGAACAGUGUACACUUCAAGUUUUCUUCGUUGUAGUAUAAAAAUCUUCCUAGCAGCCUUGUUAACAUGCAACUUUUAUUGUCGGUAAAAACAGCUUUACGUCCAUAUACCUUUAUUAGGAUGAUCUUUACGCGACAAUUAAGACAAUUGGAAAUUUGCACUGUUACAGCCCAGGUGCUGUUCUAAAUUAUACUUUUACAGUAGAAAAGUAGUAAUCAGAAACACAACAUGAGAGUUCUGCAUGAGAGUUCAAUGUGAGAAGGAAAAUAUGGAGGCGACGCGUGACAAGGAUAUACGCACCGAUGCAGAUCUAUAGGAAAAGAAAUAAGUUGAAAUACAGAUGGUUUUGUACCAAUAGCGCAUAGAAGGUCUUCCGCGAUUAAAUUUAUAUUAUAAGCGCGAGUCGCCGUCGUAGGCGAGGUGAGUGUGAAUCGCGCGUCAAAGAUGCGAGUACGUUACUGCGAGCGCGCAAAAUGGGUAGAUGUUUUUUAUGGCUCUGCGCUGCACGCCGCAUUUUUUCAAACCUUUGAUUGUUGCAUUUAGCCAAGCUUCAAUAGCAGACAUUCGGUCACAAUUACGUUUACGCAGCAACGACUCUAUGAUUUCAGGUAUAUAGGCGUACGAAGAACUUUUGCGUCCGCCGCACGGUCUGCUUAGAUACGCUAUUUAAGACGGACAAAUGUUGAAAUUGUGCAUAAAUUAUAAAAAGUUCACGAACAAAAACAACACUGCUACAAUGAAAAAAAAAACUUUUACAGUAAUAUAAUAUUUUACAAUUUGUACAUAUGAAUCAUAGAUAUAAAUAUUAUAUAUAUAUUACUAGAAGUAAUUACAGGUUACAAUUAAAAUUAAAAAAUAGGAUGACGAGACUUAUCGGUGAUACGACUUAUCCUAUAUUCUUCCACGAAAACCAGAUCAAGUUUGGUUGUAUAGGUUCUCAGUGUUGCCAUGAGAAUUGCCCUAUACAAUAUUUCUCAACACUCGUUUAUUCAAUUUUUCACUUCUUACAUUUCACAACGAGAUAAAUAAAAAAAAAAGACAAAAAAAAGGAAAUUAGUGUGCCGACCGUGACGAUUGUUCGUGAAAUAUAUCUAGUGAAAGUAAUUUUAAAAUAUCGAUGAGACAAAAUGAAUAAAAAUGGAAAAACUGUAGGCAGAAUUCAAUUCAAUUCGAAUGAAACAGAUGAGUUUAAGAGUUUAAAAAAUGAAUCAAGCGAUUCACGACAAGUUAUUGCUCGCUCUUUAUCUAAUAUUCGGUCGAUGUUCGAUCUAUUCUGUGUAAAGUAUUAGUGUCUUCGAAAUCGUCGUCAAUGAACCAAUUUUACUUUUUUGUACCGUAACAGUGUUACCUAUAAGGUGUACGUAUGGCAAAUUUUAUAUAAAAUUUAUGUUUUUAUAUCAGGCAUUCAUUUGACACUUUCUCAUCUUUCACCAAUGUAAUUUCUUCGAAAACAAACAGCGGCUUGAAAAUAGUCUGGACAUUCUAGUCUUGUUCGUUCUUUCGUAGAAAAAAGUAAGUUAAAUAUAUCGAUAACAAAUUCAAACGGAUAUAUCUUAUUCAAAGCAUUCCUUUUCUUCUUCUGAGAAAAUAAUAGAUGUAAAAAAUUAGCUCGAGCACGGUACUCUCACACUAGAGCUGACACUACAGAGAUUCAACGAGUGUAAGCAUGUAAUGGUACGCGCGCAAAAAAGUACAUGAAGCUAACAUUCCGAUCUUCAGAUAACCGUGCUCCUCUCCGAACAAUUAGUAAAUCCAAGCAACAUUUGCCAAGAGUAAUUGUGUGCGUGUGCGUGCGCACGCGCGCGUGGGUGUGUAAGCCAACCAAUUGAAAAAUUACGCUCGAUAUUACAAGCAAGAUCAUCACCACAAAGCCCACCUAACCUGUAACUAUUUGCGUCUGUCUAUGUCUCAUAGUUAAAUAUAACUGUAAACAGCCAAGAUCGUCACUUGUACUUGUGUGCAGUGUGACACAGCGUGUGCGCGUGAUGUUUCACGCAGGAGCAUCAUUGCGAUGUGAUAUCUCAUUGAAAUGCGAUAUAAUCAAGCAAAAUAUAGCUUCUUUCGUGCCAAACAAAGAUUCAACCAAAGAUUACAAUUGUAAGGUUAAUUAUAUACUAAAAGAAAUAUCGCGUAAAAAUAACCGUGAUUUUCACGGUAAAGUUGGGACGUGAUAGCAGUUCAAGAAUUUUUUUUUGAUGAAAUUGUCCGCAUUAUUAUGAAUAAGUAUAAAAAUAGUUCAACAACAACGCACUGUAAUUUUUUUGAAGGAUAAUAUUUGUAAUAAAUGUAUAGAACUUUUCCGGCGAUUUUGAUCAAUUUCUACAUUAUUCACGUUACAUUUUACGGUUUUAUCAUAGUAAUUUGUACUGAUAGUACACCGCAAAACUCCACAUAGGGAAAACAGUGGCGAUGCGGCUGUGCAAUUCGCGCAUAGUGAAAAACAUUCGUUAUUGCUGUACGUUCCUUAAUUGAGGGCAAAGUAAAAAAUUUAAUUAAUUAAUUGAACAAUCGAUAAUGGAAAAAUAUCUAAUAAAUUAAAAUUCUUUUGUAUGUGCAAAUCAAAAAGUUUUCGAAUUGGUUCAACAUUUUUAUAACCCUCAACAUAACAAUACUUUGAACCAGAUCUAUUUUAUCCAUCGUGAGGGCCGAGUUUGGAGAGUAGGGGAGCUUUAACCACGACGGUUCUGUAAAUUUUAUUUAGACUAUGAGAAACAUUAUAAGAAAAUUUAUAAUUUUUAUGCAAUAUUGCUUAAAUAUCGUGAUGCAAUCAUAGUGUCCCAAUUUUACCGUGAUGCACUCUGAUUUUUAUAAAGCGUUUCUUUUUGUGUAUACAAAUUCAUUUCGGCAUCUUGUUUUGUCGCUGCGACUUUCACCAAAUUUCUCUUUAACAGGCUCACACAAAACCAAUAAACGCUCACUCAUUUCUACAGCUAUUGUAUAUUUAUUUUAACGCUUCAUCCAUACUAUAUUAUUUUUUAAGAGAUCUUUCUGACCUCAGCCAGAGCCAUUCUUCAUGAGCAUACCUCACUUGAUAUAUGGUCAUAUUUAUCAUUUGCAAUUAUUGCUCGAUGCUACGUAAGUAUUCUACGAUCAUAUUCGGUAUAAGUCGAUGCUCACGAUUAUUUUCGUGAAUAAAUAAAUAAAAUUCGGAAUAAAAACAAUGAAAACUGAUACUGCCAGGGCAACGGUAAUUCGCUAACCUUUUGCCCUUUCAUAUAUCUUUUCAAAAAAUCUUAUAUUCGAAUGUGAUAAUCAAUCCUAUCAAGAGUCUUGAUAUUAGCUGCUUUGGUUAUGUAAUUAUAGUCAAAGUUUAAUAUCCAAUGUACUAAGAAAUUAUUAAUUAGCCAGUAUUGCGACAAUUGUACUAUGAGUUUGGGUUAUUUGCUGGGAGAAUAAUUGAUAUCGAGAAAGAGGCUCAGGCCAGAAACUUGAAUGAAAAAGUGUAAUAAACUACGGCUAUAAAGUGUCAAAUUGUGACUACGCUCAUUCUCUAUAAUAAAUAUAUAAGAUGCGAAUUAUAAAUAACAGGUUUUCAGCUGCUGAAGCGUUGGGAAGGUGUAGGCACCAAUGGUGUAUUAUCUUAGUAAAUAAGCAAAAGCAAAGAAUUCUUCAACAAUAAAUAAUAAUAAAAGAAUUAAACAUUUUGAGCGCUACAAGAUCUCUCCCCACCCCCGCUCUCUCUCUCUCUCUCUCUCUCUCUCUCUCUCUCUCGCCUCUCCCUCCCUCUCUGGCUCAUUUUGUCUCUCUUUCUCUUGAUCGCAGGUGGUAAUAUACGAGUAUGAUAUAUUUAAGUUGCGACAACUCUUGGAUCAGACAUCGAUUAUUUUGUUGUACAGCGAAACUUUUCAAGUAGUAAAACUCUAUCAAUGGAGCCACAUAAGAUAGAAACAUUUUUUUGAAACUAAAUGUGAUUGAAUACAUUGAAUUUUAUGUGAGAGAUUCUUUAUAAGUUGUACAUUUGUCUAACUUAUGUACACAAUUUUUUUGAACAGAAUAUAACUAUUAUACGAUACAUUUGUAAGAAAGAUAUUGAUGGACAAAAAUACGGGAGGAAUAGUAUUCAGUUCUACGCGGUACGCGAACCCUUAAAAAUUUUUUGCUAUUGUAAUUAUUCAAUGGUUUUUCGAUAACAUUUGUGUCAAUACUUACAUUGAGUCAGUAAAUGUUAUCUUGAACCACUCCAAUGUUAGUUAUAAUGCAGACAGCUGCUUACAUCAACAGUACAUACAAACAAAAUCACCUUCAUUUAUUGUAAAUUUCUCGAAAAAUAUAAAAAAUUUGAAGGAAUUGAAAAAUCAAAAGAGCAUUGUAUCAAGACUGAAGAUUAUCUAUCUGUGGGUUACCAUAAUUUUUUUAUUCAACCGUGAUUGAUAAUUGCUACGAAUUGUACGCGAGAAAAAGAUUUUGGCAAAAUUUCUAGUGCUCCUUUUGGGUGAACAAUUUUUAUACAAAUUACUUAAAAAUUGAUAUUGUUAGAAGUAAAAUACUAUUUUUUCAUUAUAUUGAGGAAUUUUUAUGAAAUACAAUUUUAUUAUUGAAUUUCCGAAACUGUUCUAGAUUAUUCAAUAAUGUCCAAUUUGUUGAAUUAUCUCAGUAAAUUUAUUUGAAGAUUCGUAAAAUACAUUUCAAUAAGAUAGUAAACUUAUGUUGUUUAGUUUGAUAUACACAUAUCUACUUUCACUUUCUAUCCACAUUCCAAAAAUUAUUCUGCCAGGAGGGAAAUUUUUAAUUUUCUAAGAAAAGCACUCUUGAACCGUAUCGAUUACGACUUUUAUAAAACGUGUAAAAAUGGUGAAAGCCCAGAGAACGUUGUUUUCAGUCUCCGCUUUCGAAUUCACUAAUUAAUAAUUUUGUAAUAGUCCAUGUUGCAAUUUAUACUUGCAUACUAAAUUUUGAAUUUGUAUAAGGCAUAAAACACAUCGCUACAUUAUCUUCAUUAGGUUCAAAUUGACCCUGACUUUUUUGCUUGUCCAGUAUUUCAAUGAUAUCACGUGCACAAUAUAGCUAACAACGCUCACAAUGUUCCAUGGUAUUACGUAUUUAAAAGUGUAGAUUAUUUUAUAAUUUGCCCAAAUCAAAUGCUACCUUUGGAAGACAAAAACAAAAUAAAAGUUUCAGUUGAUGUAUUCUUUAUGAACUCAUUGCGAAAUAUAGGGCAUUAACCCACAUGAAAACGUCAGAUUUUUAUAUAAGCGUGUCUCGCUGAUUUGAUAUAAUGCGAACUUGAUAAUAUAAAAAUGAGAAAACUCCAUCUAUUUGUUAAUCUUGAUAAGUAUUCUCCUGUCGUAGAAAAAAAAUGCCUUCAUUGGUAUACAAUCAGUCGACAACAAUCGAUGUACUGUUGUCUAGUUAGCCAGCUAACUGUACAAUAAAAAGAUAUCUACAUUGCUCAUAGUCACGAUGCCAAUCCACAUAAUAUCACCGUGAUUCUUAGUUCGUUGUACGAGUUGGUUUCAAUUUCAUAUGACAGUAGAAGACUCAUCCCUCAUCUUUUAGCAGUGUUCGUUCAUGUUUUUUUAAACUACAACAAAAAUAGACAAGCUGCGUAAUCCAGUUCAAUUUUUCAACAAAUUACAACGAAUCUUCACAUUCUUCUUGUUAUACGCACCAGUAAAGUGUUUACUAUUGUUAACGAGCAAUGAUUGUUAGGUUUCUUGUAACAAUGCUAGUUUAGUAUUUUAACCUCUAUAUGGAGAUGUACAUGAACAAUGAUUUUGUUAACUAACAUCUCAAAAAAAAAUUGUUGUAUAUUAAUGAAAUGUGAAUGAUCGAGUCACUUUCUAUCCUAAUGUUGAUUUAUUUAGAACACUUUUUUUUUUAUUUUAGGCAUUGCGCAAAAUUAAAGUAUGACAUUUUUUAUAACAAAUUGCAACUAGACUACUCAAAAAGAUUUGACAACAAUAUCAAUUAUAGUUCAAUAAGCAGAAAAAAUAAUUGCGCAACAAUUUAAGCAGCCAAACUCGCACUGAAUACAUGUGUUAGUCUUUAAACUAGUAUCGACUAUGCAUGGCUUAAAUUUUAUUUGUAUUUCGAGGAGCUCGACGUAGCAAAGUUAUCGUUAAAAUUUCUAUGAAGAUAAUGUACACAUUAAAUUUAAUGGUCUCUGAUUGUAUUAAAAGAGUUAAGUAAUGAGGGUGUGUAAGCAAAAUACACCAGCAAGAAAGACCGAAAAAGUAAUAAAUCAAUCCUAUAAUAGCACAUAUCCCAUCAUCCCAUCAAGCAAAAUAUAAGAAAAAAGACGAGAGAAAGAGAGGGGGGGGGAGCUUUGAAGUAAAUAAUUAUCAACACCCAGAAGUACAAUAGACUAUCGAAUCGCAGGGUAAACUUCUUUGCCAAUGAAGGAAACGAAUUGCACUUAGUGUGGUCUGAUUGAGUUGCUCGCGUUUAUUAAGCAAAAUUUCAAUGUUACCUGAACACUCUGAAAAACGUGAAAUUAAAACAUUACAAGUUUACUACAGAAAAGAUUAGAGGAAGCAAUUUGUAUGUAAAACGCUGAGAUAGAGAAUGGGGCUAUGACAGAUAAUAAAAUUGAAAAUUGUAAAAUUCAUUGCGAAUGAACAAGAGCGCCAUCUAUAAAAUAAUUACUAAUUGGAUCAUAAUUUGUAAAUUACUUAAUGGACUUCCUAAUUAUAUGCUGGUACAUGAUAAUACAUGUGUUCUGCCACA